CAGGUGUGCAGACCUCCGAGUUGGUGGCUUUUCACGAUAAAAACAAUUACCGAGGGUGAAGCCAUUUGUGCAAUCUUUCUUCUGUAAGCCAUCAGCACUACGACACUGAACAAUAACAUUGUGAGCGUUUCUGGCCUCAUGCGGAUUAGUUCAGAAAUAAAGCGGGCAAUGAAGCACACUAGCAUUGAAAGGCUGUGGUAAGCAUGGACAAUUUGGAAUACAGGAGAGUAGUUCGAGUGGCGCACUUGGGAGCCGACAACAAGAAACAAGAAGACGUUUGCGAAGUAAGCGUGGUGGUGAGACCGUUUCUAUCAUCGAAUCUAACUGAACAACAACUGCUCCAAAUCGUCAAAACUGUCGUAUCCUCGAUCAAUUCGGGUUCCGAGCGACCAGCAACGGCGGAAGGUAGCUGUGGCAGUGCAACCUCACCCUCAAGUACUGGCAAUGAAGUGACGUUGUCGAACCCAACUCAGGUGCCAUGGACGCGGCCUUUCUCGGCAGGGCCGGUCAAGAUAAAUAAUGUUGGCAGCCAUGUUCACGUAGACACGUUGCUAGUUAUAGAGGAUGAGCAAAGGGCAAAUGCAAAUCAGGGGCUAGAUGCUACCGAAGACAUCAUCCAUGCUGAUCGACCCCGCAAGGAGAAUACUUUGGAGAGUAAUCGCCUUGGCCGUGACAGAGAGGUGUGCGUCCAAGAGAAGGAAUUUCAGGAUGACGAGCUGCUUUCAUGUCAGAGGCUCGCAGGCUCGACAUCAAUGCUGAACAUCGGUUCAAUGGGGAAGCUACGUUCGCAUGCGGGUACUACUCUGUCAAGAAGCAGCGCGGACGCGGGUGGCGAGGGGCUUCGUCGUGGGCGAAAAGGCGCGUCUUUGAGCACGCUCAAAUCUUGCGAAUUUUGCUCGCUUAAAAAAAUGAAAUGCGACGGAAACCUACCCUGCAAAGCUUGUCUUACGCGGAAUCAAAUUUGCGAGUACCGACAGCGGAAGAGUCGUCUCCCUCGAGGCAAGAGAUCUUCCUCCCCUCCUAAGAUUAUCAAGCGGGCAGGUCCUCCCUAUGUGCCGGCCGCGGUGGCUUCCAAGCCGGACGUUUCCCCUCCUACUAUCGGCUUACUUCCUCAAUCGACAUAUAGCAGAGGAGGAUCGACAAGCGCGCUUGCCAUAGGACUCAGGGAAAGACGCGAAGGUGGCUUGGCCGCGAGCGUGCAAGAAUUUGCAAGCCGCGAGCAAUUCGCAGACACAGAUCCCAGGGCGUAUUUCCGCAGGAGAGUACUCGACACUGAGGUCAUGAAUAGAGAGGAUCAUGCCGUGCUGACAAACGACAGUGCUCCUGGGGCCUCCCUCCCUUUGCGAGAUGGAACGUCGGUGCCAAGAAGUGACGUCAUCAGGACAUGGCUUUCUGGUAAGGCAGCUAUUCACCCAUCGCCAAGAACACGGCAGCAGGCGAGAGGGCAAACAGAGAAUGUCAGUGGGCAUCGCGACGUAAACGAGGAGAGUAUGGAACUAUCUCGUCCACGCUACCAGGGUAUGCAUCACUCCCAUCUAUCACUUCCUGCGGAGGUCAUAGACGUGGCGGAUCGCGAGGUUGCUGCGUUGACAGAGAUGACACCUACCCUGAUGUGGAGCGUGAAGGAUGAAAAUCCAUCUAUCCUAUCAGGCCACAUGAUCGGGGCUCCAGAGGAGGACAGCGGCGGUGGAAGGGCACGGCCUAGCCCGCAACGCACCAUCGGUGUGGAGGACGGCCCCCCUACAUCCCACCACACAUUUUCUAGCAUUGCAGCUUUCGAACCGGUAGAUAGAUCGGCAAUGACUCCGAGGACUCGUCAGAAGGAGCAUCAGCGCUCUACCAAGCACGAGCGGGAGGAAUCAGUCGAAAGAGACGACAUUUGGGAGGGUGAACAAUACCAGGACCAGUCGAGACAUUUGCAACAGUCGAACGAUGAUUCAGAGCGUUCGGAUCACCAGAGAGGUGUACAAUGGCAGUUUUCAAAUCCUAGCUCAGCCGGCUCCACCUCCCCUUCCUCUUUCAUUCUGUCAUUCCCGACUACUGAAGAUAUGAAUGAAAAUGUGAACACAUUUCGAGCUCGGGAAUUGACCACAGACGCAAAUGAUAACGGCCUGCGAGUGAAAAUCUCUUUUCUUGAUCCUUGGAGAAGACUGGAUUCCAUGAAUGCGUCAAAUCAAGGCUGA